AUGGUUCAGUUUAAUAAUUUGGUUUCUGCCGAUGGCUUAACCCAGUUGAACAACUGGCUCGAAUCCAGGAGUUACAUCGAAGGGUACUCGCCUUCGACAGCUGACGCAGAAACAUUUUCUCAGGUCAAAAACGCAACCGGUUUUCCGCAUGUGCAGCGUUGGAUUAAACAUAUUUCCAGUUUUCCAGAGAAGGAAAGAAACAGUUGGCCGAAAGCUGUUGUUCAGAGUACCGAAGCGAAAUUGCGGUCUGUUCCACCCUCGGCUGCAUCUCCAGCGGCAAAGGAGGAGGAGGAAGAUAUUGACCUUUUCGGAUCCUCAGAAGAUGAAGAUGAUGAAGCGGCCAAAGCUGAAAAGGAGAAGAUCAGGCUGGAGCGCUUGAAGGCCUAUAAUGAGAAAAAAGCGAAAAAGCCGAAGGAAGUAGCAAAGUCCAACAUCAUUUUAGAUGUGAAGCCGUGGGGCGAUGACACCGACCUCAAGGAAAUGGAGAAACGAAUUAGAGAUAUCACAGCCGAUGGACUCGUUUGGGGUGCAUCUAGGACGAUCCCCGUCGCCUAUGGAAUAAAGAAAAUUCAAAUAAGCUGCGUAGUGGAAGACGAUAAAGUCGGCACAGACUUUUUGGAGGAGGCGAUCACCGGCAUGGAGGACUUAGUACAGUCGGUGGACGUUGUGGCGUUCAACAAGAUCUGA